AUGGGCCCGGAAACAUUAGGAGAGACAUACAAAGGCUACAAAGCCAGAACCACGGAGUUCCUGGACUGGCUCUCAUCCAGCGCUGUUGAUCUCGGCUACCAGUAUGAGAGAUCCCGGCGGGCUUCCUCAACAAGUUUCAUGGACCACGCUAUCACAACCAGGGAAGUUAUCAAACAAGCGAGGUUUCUUGUCAGGAAACAUGCGACGGGGAUCAAAGUUCCAGUGUGUAUCCAGAACUCCUUGUAUGAAGCUAUCGAGGCGCGGAAACUCUGCAAAUCGUGGUACGAGAGUUAUGCAUCACACGAAGAGGGGUUCAAAGAGUCAAAUAGUCGCCAUUCAUGGUUCAUCGACAUACUGGAGGAGACCUUCGGCUCUUACUGCCCAUCUUUGAAGAGCCACCGACUCCUGACGAGAAGAAGAAAGGCCGAAAAUCGAAGAAAAACAAGAAAGGAAAGAAGCCAGCUGUUCAGGAAAGUUCAGGAAACAACAUCAUCCCUCCAGCUUGUUCGUCAAAGAUUUCAAAAUAUUCAUGUUGAGGAGACCGAUCGUCAGCCAUCCACCGAUGUAGAAGGUUUGGAGGAAACGGUGAAGUCUGCUUUGGUUCUGUCCGAGUCGAAAUCCGACGAUAUCCCGAAGGAAGACAUUCGGAACAUGGCGGAUAUAUCCUUCUGGCUUGGUGUUUUUUCAAGGAUCAAAUGCGAACGAGAAGAUACCUGAAAUCGAUUUGGAAAGAUUGUUCCCAGGGAAAGCUAGAUCGGAUGGCGGCUUCGAUUACCACUGAUGUCGCCCUCGAAUUGAUCGCAAAGGACGAAAUCGAGUUGGUACAAAAUAUCAUGAACAUCAAUCCACCAAAGCUCCACCGUGAAGAAAUCAUGAAGAAUUCAUAUCAUUACAUAUACUUCGAAAUGUUCUUCUUAAACAGUGAAAUCGACGGACCAACACCAGAAGAGUCUGAAGAUCUUAUCAACUAUCAGACAUUUCAAUCGUUGUGGUAUGCUUCUUCACACUUUGUCAUUCCUAGCACCUCUUUACCAUCAACCACCAAAUAUCGCGAGAGGAAUUAUCGAGGGAAUGUUUCAGAAAAGUCAAAAGCGGAGGAUGAGUUUCUGAUGAAGUUUUUCCAUGAAUUGUCAGCAAAGAUACACACCAAUAAGCACACUGUAUACCCAAAGCUGGACCAAAAACCACCCUUUCCCUUCGGUGUCGAAGACAGAAUCAUAAGAUGCUUACAAGAUAUUAUCGGAACAAAAACCGUCACAACUGCUGCCGUUUUUGCCGCGCGUAUUCUUCUGGAUAUUCAUGAGAUCCUGGGUCCUAAAGUUGUUGAGUCAUAUCGGGACGUUCGCCAAAGAGCUGCAAUUAUAAAACGAAGGUUGAAAAUCGAAUGGGACGGCCUGGAUGUUACGUCUCAGGAAAACCCUUGCUGUGGCAACAGACGAGCGUCACAGUGUGCUUUGAAAACUGUUUUACGUGCUGAAAUAAAACACAAUCCAAUGAUUCACUGGAAAUUAUUCUGCAUGACCAUGGUGCAGAAGAAAUGA